ACCGUCAGACUGUUCAGUCGCCAUUUGCUGGACAACUCGGAGCAAUUUCCCGACGUAGCAGAAUACUUGCUGCAAGCACGUAGUGAUUCGGUGCACUCCUUUAUUCUUGAUUCCGAAAUAGUUGGUGUUUACAUGGACGCAACGAAAGGAAAAUUUCGAAUGCUUCCUUUUCAAGAUCUGUCUACUCGGCGAGGAAGUCAAAGCGUUGAAAGAGAUAGAGUUCAAGUUCGCAUCUACGCCUUUGAUUUGUUGUACCUCAAUGGAGAAUCACUUUUAAAGGUUCCUUUUUGGAAGCGAAGAAAGCUUUUACAAGAGGUAUUCAAAGAGACACUUGGAUUCGCUCACGCGCAAUCGGUUGGACUUGCCACUUUCGAUGACGAACUCUUGAGAGCUACUCUGGAACAAGCGGUCACGGAUGGUGCUGAAGGCCUCAUGAUUAAACUCACAGGUGAAGGCUAUCACGCACCGAACGCUGACGUAUCCUGUCGCACCUUUGGCUACGAAUCGGGGACACGCAGUCAGCUCUGGCUGAAGUUGAAGAGAGACUAUGUUGUGGGCUAUGCCGAUACAAUCGAUGUCGUACCGAUAGGAGCUUGGUACGGGAACGGUCGGAAAGCACAGAAGGGAUUCCUAAGUCCAAUACUCUUUGCCGUGUACGAUGAAGACGAAGGAGCCUUCCGCUCCAUCUCCCGGUGUAUGAGCUUUACAGACGCCAUGUAUCAAGGACGUGUCAACUGCUACACCACUACUCCACCGUCAACUUAUAUCAUUACAAAUGAGACGCCUAGUAUUUGGUUCAAACCGAUGGAAGUUUUUGAAGUUUCUUUUGCGGACCUUUCACUUAGUCAGGCCCAUACAGCAGGGGCAGGUCUUCUAGAUGACCCUCAAGGACGAGGGGUCGCAAUGAGAUUCCCUCGUUUUAAACGCCGUCGGCCAGAUAAAUCAGUUGAACAAGCCACAACAACUGUUCAAAUUGCACAGCUUUUUGGCCAGCAGUCAAAAAUGAAGAGGUAG